GCGUAGGACUCGCAACCUUCGGGAGCGCGUCACCCGGUGGGGCUGCGGUGCUCCCUGGAGUCCUAACGUCCCUUUUCGUGUAGCCCAUCUCCGCUGCAGCCGCGGUGGCAUCAUGGCUGUGCUCAUCGUCGCUCUCCUGUCCUUGCUGGUGACGGGUGCUUUAGGGAAUGAAUUUAGCAUAUUAAGAUCGCCAGGGUCUGUUGUUUUUCGAAAUGGAAAUUGGCCCAUACCAGGAGAUCGAAUCCCAGAUGUGGCUGCAUUGUCCAUGGGCUUCUCUGUGAAAGAAGACCUGUCUUGGCCAGGGCUUGCAGUGGGUAACCUAUUCCACCGGCCACGGGCUACCAUUAUGGUGAUGGUGAAGGGAGUGGACAAACUGGCUCUCCCUGCGGGCAGUGUCAUCUCCUAUCCUUUGGAGAAUGCAGUUCCUUUCAGUCUUGACAGUGUUGCGAAUUCCAUUCACUCCUUAUUUUCUGAAGAAACUCCUGUAGUUUUGCAGUUGGCGCCCAGUGAGGAAAGAGUAUAUAUGGUGGGGAAAGCAAACUCCGUCUUUGAAGAUCUUUCAGUCACAUUACGGCAACUACGUAAUCGUCUGUUUCAAGAAAACUCCGUUCUCAACUCUCUUCCCCUCAAUUCUCUGAGUAGGAAUAAUGAAGCUGACCUGCUCUUCCUUUCUGAACUGCAAGUGCUACAUGAUAUUUCGAGCUUGUUGUCUCGUCAUAAGCAUCUAGCCAAGGACCAUUCCCCCGACUUGUAUUCAUUGGAGCUGGCAGGAUUGGAUGAACUUGGGAAGCGCUAUGGGGAAGACUCUGAUCAAUUCAGGGAUGCUUCUAGAAUUCUUGUGGAUGCUCUCCAAAAGUUUGCAGAUGACAUGUACAGUCUCUAUGGUGGGAACGCAGUGGUAGAGUUAGUGACUGUCAAAUCUUUUGACACUUCCCUUGUGAGGAAGUCAAGGACCAUCCUUGAGGCAAAACAAGAGACCGCCCCAACUCCCUAUAACCUUGCAUAUAAGUAUAAUUUGGAGUAUUCAGUGGUUUUCAACUUGGUACUGUGGAUUAUGAUCGGCUUGGCCUUGGCUGUGAUCAUCACCUCUUACAACAUUUGGAAUAUGGAUCCUGGAUAUGAUAGCAUCAUUUACAGGAUGACAAACCAGAAGAUUCGGAUGGAUUGAGUUUUCCUUAUGCUACACUUAGACAACAGGUUUUGGGAAUUGGCUGUUCUGUUAAAGGAUAUCUUUUAGUAUGGUUUAAAGUAGAUGGUAUACCUUAAAUUUAUUUUAAAGAAAACAUAGAUUUUGUUCUCUAUUUUGUGUGUGCCUGUUGUUUCCUUAGAAAGGUUUAUAGUGUUAACACAAAUGAAUUGUGAUGUAGAUUCCAUAGAUGUUCAAAUAUUGUUGAUAUAGCCAUAUAAUAAUGUAAUUUCAUUCCAUUUAAUACAUUUGGAAAUGUGCACUGAAGGAAAUGUAAACCACUUAGAGUAGUUGUGUUAUUCAUGUUGGAGAAUGCACUGGGUUUCUUAGAAGCUUUCAAAUGCUUGAGUUCCUUGCACAGGACAGAUAAAUCCUAGUUCAGCUGUUAUUCACUAUGAACUAUUUGUAAAUGUCUUAAUCUGAUGUAAAUAUCUCCGAGACAGGAGGGAAGGUUUUAACUAAGAGUAGCCCAAAAAUACUGGAUAUGCUUAUACAAUCGCUUAGUUUUGGAAGUGUGUGUGUGAUUGGCAGGCUAGCUGUUUUUAAUCUCUUCUGCAAGUUUGGUGAUCUGUGUGGUUUAAUAGAGAUAUUAAAAAUAUUAAAAAUAGCCGGGCAGUGGUGGCACACGCCUUUAAUCCCAGCACUCGGGAGGCAGAGGCAGGCGGAUCUCUGUGAGUUCGAGACCAGCCUGGUCUACAGAGCUAGUUCCAGGACAGGCUCCAAAGCCACAGAAAAACCCUGUCUCGAAAAACCAAAAAAUAAAAAAAUAAAAAAAAUAUUAAAAAUACUGUGUUGAUUGAUUUCAGAAGAGAAUGGCUUUAUGGAGUGUAGAUGCUUGUAAUUAGAUAGACAAAACAUCUGUGGGGGAUAUCUUGAAGCAUGAAUAUAAAAUACUUUUAUUUCCGUAACUUUUCCCCCUGUGAAGUUCCUCUGAUUUGUGUGUGGUGCAGCUUUGUUGUGUAGAAUAUUAGGUGAAGUGGAUGGUUGCUACUGUUCAUGUGGAAAUGGACCAAUAUCUAUAUAGAGUGACAAAUAAACUUAAUGAUUCAAAAUCU